GGAGAGUUCUGCGAUAACGAUUGAGAAAAACCAACGUCGGUAGAAGUCAAAACUCGUGCCAAAAGCCCAAGGAGGAAUGCCGCCCCCCUCGUGAAUUCCAUGAUUCUGUUUCUUUAUUCAUCUCUUCCUGAAUGGUUUCCAAUUUCAACUCAAUGUGCUAAAGGGUGAGAUGGUAUAUAUAGCUUGUAGUUGAGCUUCUUCGUGUUGUUUCAUACCUUUAACUACAAACAAAAGUUUUGGUGAGGCGCAUGCGAUCGGUUUGUCGGAUGUGAAGACAAGGAGUUGGAACUUUGCGCUAGAUUUUUGCACCAAAACCCGGCAUCUCCAUUUCUAUUCACAGGAUAGGGCAAAUCAAGCACGUGCCUUGCAGGGCCAUUCACACUAGUAAUAAUACACUGGCGAACAGGUUCAAUUUCAUAGGUUUUUUUGAUCUUUUGGCUUUGUGAACCAUAAAAUGGCGGUCGCCUCCUCCAAAUCCCCCAUCUCUUUCUCUUCUAUAACUUAUCAUCACAAGCUUGGUUCUCAAAAUUGCUCUAUCACCCUGCCGAUUCUUCAUGCAAAACAGCAAAGAAACUUGGCUCCAAGCACUCUGGUCACUGCUUUGCCAGUUACUGUUUCCAAGAGCUCAACCCCACCAACUACAUAUUUCAAUGAGUUGGUUGAAUCAUUGAUAAAUCAAGUGGACUUAUCAGAGUCUGAGGCUGAAGCUACUCUGGAUUUUUUACUGAACAAUCCCAGUGAGGCAUUGAUAAGUGCUUUUCUUGUGCUGCUAAGAGCCAAAGGAGAGACAUAUGAAGAAGUUGUGGGAUUAGCAAGGGCAAUGCUCAAGCAUAGUGUGAAGGUAGAAGGGUUGGUUGAUGCAGUUGACAUUGUUGGAACAGGUGGUGACGGAGCAAAUACGGUGAACAUAUCCACAGGGGCUUCAAUACUUGCUGCAGCUUGUGGUGUGAAAGUUGCAAAGCAAGGAAACAGGUCAAGUUCUUCUGCGUGUGGAAGUGCUGAUGUAUUAGAGGCGUUGGGAGUAGCUAUUGACUUGGAGCCAGAGGGGGUGACAAGGUGCGUGAAUGAAAGUGGAAUUGGGUUUAUGAUGGCGCCAAAAUAUCACCCAGCAAUGAAGAUUGUCAGCCCUGUUAGGAAAACACUAAAAGUGAAAACUGUGUUUAACAUAUUGGGCCCAAUGUUGAAUCCAGCAAGGGUUUCUUUUGCUGUUGUAGGUGUUUACAAGGAUGACUUGGUCCUCAAAAUGGCUAAAGCACUCCAGCAAUUUGGCAUGAAAAGAGCAUUAGUUAUUCACUCAGAGGGCUUAGAUGAAAUGAGCCCCCUUGGACCAGGGUUAAUCCUUGAUGUUACUCCAGAGAAGAUUGAGAAGUUCUCAUUUGAUCCCCUGGAGUUUGGCAUUGCUCGCUGCACUUUUGAAAGCUUGCGAGGUGGAGGUCCAGAGUACAAUGCGGAGGUACUAAAGCGCGUAUUUUCAGGGGAGAAAGGGCCCAUUGCUGAUGCCCUUGUAUUAAAUGCGGCAGCAGCCUUAUUGGUCAGUGGCAAUGUUAACACCUUGGGUGAAGGAGUAGCUUCGGCUCGUGAAACACAAGAAUCUGGAAAAGCUCUUGAGAAGCUUGAUUUGUGGAUAGAUAUUUCCAAUGCAAGUAAAACCUGUUUCUUAAGUUAAAAGCUUCAUGCUAAUCAUUUUCCUUGCAAGAGAACUUGGAGAUUCAAGGUGCCUCCCAAGAUUGCUUUCUUUGGUUGGACUGUGCCCCUUGGUAAAAUUCUCACUAUUGACAAUCUGACGAAACGUGGUCUUUAUCAUUAUGGAUUGAUGUUAUUCAUGUAAGAAAAAUGGGGAAAUGGUGGAUCAUAUAUUGUUACAUUGCAAGGUGGCCAGUUUAUUAUUAUUAUUAUUAUUUUUUGUGGGAUGUUAUUCUCAAUAGGACCAGUUUGCCAUGGGUUAUGCCUGGAAGGGUAGUGGAUAUGUUUCAGUGUUGAAGAGGUCUUCGGGGUAACAUUCACAUUGCUGCUGUAUGGAAAAUGAUUCAUCAUUGUAUAAUGUGGUGCCCCUAGAUGGAGAGAAAUGGUAGGUGUUUUGAAAACCGGAAGUGUCCCUUGGACGAGUUGAAGAGUUUCUUCUUCAACACUAUUUUCUUGGGCUUCUGUCAUUGACUGUAACAGGGCUAAUUUUCAUAAUUUUCUUAUAUCCAUUUCUAGUUAUUUUCCGGUAGGUA